UCUCGUUGUAUACAGUUUCUAUGUGUCAUCUGACCUCCUACAAAAAACUUCACGGAAUUUGACCCCUCGCGUCUUCCUUAUCUUCGUGGAGGCAAGCUAGCUAGCCGUUUCAACCUGCUUCACUUUUUCACUUCUUUUUGCAGAACCCCACCACUUUGAUUCUAGCAGAUACAUGGUCGAGGAAGUUUUGUGUGUAGGUGUUAUAUCAAGGGAGGUAUGCAAUCCUUAUGUGAAACCUUGUGGAUGUUAAGAGGUGAAGUUUCUCUUUCACUGCAUUUAGUUAGUAGUAGAAAGAGCAGAAAGAUUUUGGUGAGAAGAUCAUUGACUAGAUCUUGUAGCAGAAGCUCUUCACAGAAUAUCUUUGGGUCAUGGAUGGUGGAAACAUGGCUACCUGGACAACCUUUGAUUUCUGCUAAAGCUAAAGAUGAAGCAAAACAAUUGGAAAAUUCCGGAAGUAACUUUGUGGUUUCAAAACAAUUGUUGGGUGAUCUUGAUUUUGAGGAUGAUUUCAGUUCUGAACUUUAUGAACCAUACAGCAGAUGUUAUCAGCCUGUAGAGGAACCCUGGCUUCUAGAAGCUUCCAUCUUUUCCCAAUAUGAUAGACAAAUAGAUUCUUCAAAUGAUUCAACAUGUGAAAAUAAUAUAUCAGAAAGAGAGUACCCUGUUGAAGAGCCAUGGUUAUCUAUCAAGGCUCCCACCAUUGAUGUAUCUUUAGAAAACAAUGUGGAAAACAUCAAGCCAAAGGAUCAAAGUCCAAGAAUUGAAAAAAUAUUUGAUAAAUUGACUCGGGUAUCUGUUGGAAAUGAGAAAGAAAGUGAGAAACCUGUUAAUGAGCUUGAGGAAAUUCCAAAAAGAUUGUUUCUUGAUGAUGAGGGUAGGGUAGGUAUGCAAGGUACACAACAAGGGGUAUCUGUUGAUACAGUUAUAUUGAUAAACUCAUCUUUAUGUACAAUGCAAAGGGUUGCUGUAAUGGAAGAUGAAAAACUGGUUGAAAUAUUACUAGAACCUAUAAAAAACAAUGUUCAUUGUGAUAGUGUAUAUAUAGGAGUAGUCACAAAACUAGUUCCAAACAUGGGAGGAGCAUUUGUAAACAUAGGUCACCCCAGAGCUUCUCUUGUUGGAAUAAGUCAUCAUGUGGAGCCCUUUAUAUUUCCUCCAUUUUCCCGCCAUAAAGAACCAAGAUCGGUAGAUGGGUCUUUGCUUGUUGAGCUUCUAGAACAUUCUAGAGUUAAUGAGAACAACAAACCCAAAUCAGAAGAACAAGAGGUUAUCGAUAACAUUGAGGAGAAUGAUGAUGACAUGGAUGAUGAUGAGUUUGAUGUGCCUGAAGACUUUCCGGAAGAUGUGAAUGGAGGUGUGGUUAACUCUGUGGUGUAUAUUAAUGGCAAAAGGAAUAUAUUUCAACCAAUCGAAACUUCUCAUGAUUCAAAUCAUCAAACCAUGACUGAGAUUACUGAUAGUAACAAGGGUCCAUGCACAAAUGAAAGUAAAUGGGCACAAGUUCAAAAGGGUACUAAAAUAAUUGUGCAAGUUGUCAAAGAGGGAUUGGGUACCAAAGGGCCCACAUUGACUGCUUAUCCAAAGUUAAGAAGCCGAUUUUGGGUUUUGUUGACACGUUGUGAUAGAAUUGGGAUUUCGAAGAAGAUUUCAGGAUUGGAGAGGACUCGAUUGAGGGUGAUAGCAAAGACAUUGCAGCCACCUGGUUUUGGUCUUACAGUGAGGACUGUUGCUGCAGGCCAUACAAUGGAAGAACUUGAAAAGGAUCUUGAUGGAUUGCUUUUGAUGUGGAAAGGUAUCACUGAACAAGCAACAUCUGCAGCCCUUGCUGCAGAUGAAGGUGUAGAAGGUGCAAUUCCUGCUAUGUUACAUCGAGCCAUGGGUCAAACACUAUCAGUAGUCCAAGACUAUUUUAAUGACAAGGUUAAGAACAUGAUAGUUGAUUCUCCAAGGAUAUAUCAUGAGGUUACAAAUUAUCUUCAAGAAAUAGCUCCUGAUCUCUGCAAUCGUGUUGAGUUAUACACUAAAAAGAAUCCACUUUUUGAUGAGUACAACAUCGAGGAAGAAUUGAACAACAUGUUAAGUAAAAGGGUGUCACUCUCUAAUGGAGGUUAUCUAGUAAUUGAACAAACAGAAGCUUUAGUCUCCAUUGAUGUGAAUGGAGGACAAUGUAUGCUUGGUCAUGGAACUUCACAGGAGAAAGCCAUUCUUGAUGUCAAUCUUGCAGCUGCUAAACAAAUUGCUAGGGAAUUAAGAUUGAGGGAUAUUGGUGGAAUUAUUGUGGUCGAUUUCAUUGAUAUGUGGGAUGAUUCAAAUAAACGAUUGGUUUAUGAAGAAGUUAAAAAAGCAGUUGAGAGAGAUCGAUCGUUGGUUAAAGUCUCGGAACUUUCUAGACAUGGGCUCAUGGAGAUCACUAGAAAAAGGGUGCGACCUAGUGUGACAUUUAUGAUCAGUGAGCCAUGUUCUUGUUGUCAUGCAACUGGAAGAGUAGAAGCUUUGGAAACUUCAUUUUCAAAAAUCGAACGUGAAAUUUGUCGAUUUCUUGCAAGAAUGGAAAGGGCAGAUCCUGGAAAACCUGAAACUUGGCCGAAAUUUGUUCUCAUGGUUGACCGAUAUAUGGGGAGUUAUUUGACUUCGGGGAAGAGGACACGAUUGGCAAUUCUAAGUAGUUCUCUUAGAGUAUGGAUUUUGCUUAAGGUUGCGAGAGGGUUUACUCGAGGAGGAUUUGAGAUAAAACCACUGGCGGAUUUCAAGGAUCAUAGAGAUGAAGAUCAACAAAUGAGUCGGACUCAGCCGCCGCCAUUUCAGCCGCCACAUGCCGCCAGAGAUCCGCGUCCGCUGAGACGGAAAGUCACCAUCUUUCCGAUCAAGAAAUGGAAGACCGGUGGCAAGUGAAUGAAGAGAGAGAGAGAGAGGUGAUUUACAUCUUUUUUUUUUUUUUGUUAAACGAAGUUUUAUAAAUAUUAUUCGGUAAUGACAAAUAAUAGGGUUUUCGUUAUUUACAUAUCUGAAAUGUUAUUUAAUGAUUAUAGAAUGGAAAAUGACUUGAGAUGGUAAAUUAUUUUUUGAAAAGUA